CUGAAUGUGACGGCCCGAAUCAAAUGAAAUCAUCAAUUGGUGGCUGCAAAUGAGGGGAAAGAGGAGAGGAGAGAAAGAGAUAUCCCUCUCCCCUUGCCCACGCUAAACUAGAGCAGGACUAGGCAUCUGAACAAUCUCUCCGUCAUCAAACAACCUCUUGAACUCAUCUCUGCCGAUGCCUCUGUUUGAAGCUAUUGGCGAAUACACUCCGUCGGUGGUCAAGUCGUGCAACAGAUGUCGCUCCCGGAAGGUCAAGUGUGAUCUGAAGAUCCCCCAGUGUUCGGCAUGCUCCAGACAAGGGGAGGCCUGCAACAUCACGGAGUAUGUCGCGUAUCCGUACUCGCUGGUUGAACGACUGCAUUCCCGGGUGCAGGAACUCGAACAGCAGCUGGCCCAGAAGGGAGCCGGCCAGUCGGGGCCUCAGCAGGCGGCGUCGGACAGCCUGGGAUGGUCGGCCGAUGUCACCAAAGAAGCAGAAGAAGUCGGCGUCCUGGCCAUUGGGUUUGCAGAUCCCUAUUCCCACUCGAAAUAUGUUGGCGCUGCUGCUGGAUCGACCUUUGCUCGGAUCUUCUUCAAGCAGGUUGGAUUAGACGUCUCGUCGGCAAAGCCUGCUGCUGGACGAUAUGAAUCGCCAGACCUGGAGACGCCCACGGCGACGAUUCCAUCGCGAGCCGUCGCCGCCAGCCUGCUGUCGGUGUAUAUCGCGCGCGUCCACAUCUGGUGGCCCUUUUUGCAUCUGCCCUCGCUCCGGGCCUGCUUCCAGGGGAUGUACCAGGCGCCCCGACGAUGCAGCGACUGGCACAAGUUCAUCUUCUUCGUCGUGCUGGCGCUGGCCUCGGACGUGGCGGCAAUCAACACAGACACGCCGUCGCCGACUCUGCUGGACGUCAACACGCCGCCGGAAUACCUCCAAACGGCGCUGCACUUCUUUGCCCGCUUCCACGACCAUCCGCGCGAUCUGCCCGGCCUCCAGGCCGUCGUGCUGCUGACCAUCUGGAUGCUGAACUCGCCGGCCCCGAAGCACGGCAACGACCUGUGGCAGCUCACGCGCUACGCCAUGUCGGUCGCCCUCGAGCUGGGCAUCCACCGGCACAACCCGGCGUGGAACUUCAGCGCCGACGACUUUGAGCUGCGCUCCCGUCUCUGGUGGACGAUCUACAGCCUCGAGCGCUCCGUGGCGCUGAGUACCGGCCGCGUGCUGUCCGUCCGCGACCAGGCGAUCGAUGCGCCCACCCCGGCGUCGCGCCCCGGCAGUCUGGACCGACUCACGGCGCACGAGGCCGACGCCGCGCCGCUCUACCAGGCCAAGACGGUCUGGCUGUUUGUGCAGAUGGUCGAGCUGCGCAGGAUCGCCGGCCAGGUGCUCGAGUCGAUCUACAUUGCGCGCGGCCAGGACGGGCGCUGCGCGUCGCUGACUCUCCACGAGAUCCGCUCCAUCUCGGACGGCCUGCAUCGACGGCUCGACCGGUGGAAGGGCCAGCUCGACGCCGCAGGGUUGGGCCCCGGAAGGGAAUACAAGCUGAUGAAGAUCGAGUACUGCCUGCUGCUGCUGCAUCUCAACCGGCCCUCGCCCACCUUUAUGAUCCCCUCGCAGAAGAUGGUGGCCAUCUGUUCCCAGGCCUCGUCCAGCGCGUUGAAACAGUGGGCAGCCAUGGCGGCAGCUGAUGGCAUCCAUGCUGUCUGUCGAUCCCAUUGCCAGUUCCAUCAUAUCCUCAUGGCAGGCUUGUCUCGUCUUUAUUGCGACUGGCACAUUCAGAAACUCACACAGAAUACAACACCUUCUGUUCGCCCCGAAGAUGCCGCCAUCUGCCAGGAUCUGCUGAAAAAGGGCGUCGUCAGCCUGGGAAACCCGUCGCUCUCCAAGUUUGUCCAGCUCUUCGCCGUCGUAACCUCAAAGGUAUACCUUUACUAUCCCGAGAUGUCACUCUCCCAUCCCCCGGAUUUCUCAGGCUUCGAGGCGCAGCCUGCCGACAGCAUGUCCCUGGAGCCCGAGGGUCUGGAAGCAUAUCUCCACCAGGUGUCGGACAUUUUCGAUAACGAGAUGAUGGACAUUGACGACAUGCUGACGGCCUGGUAUGGUACUCUGCUGCAUGAUGCUAAUGAAGAGAGUGCGGGCAUAUAAGUAGAUCUUCAGGUCUGGUUGUUCUGAUGAUAUCACUAGGUGUUAAUCUAGAUAUGUCUCAAGAUAAUAAAUGAACA